GAGGCCGAGGAUGGAACCAUCUCAGUUGUUUCUGCAAUUCCUGGUGAUCAGGAAGCUGCACAAGACAGGGAUCUUAAGUAUUUGUCAAAAGCGAUAGAAGAAGCUUACCAAGCAGUGGAACAUGGCCAUGGACGCCCAUUUGGUGCGGUUGUUGUCCGCAACGACGAAGUGAUAGUCAGUUGUCAUAACAUGGUUCUGAAUCACACUGAUCCAACUGCCCAUGCUGAAGUAACUGCAAUAAGAGAGGCUUGCAAAAAGCUUGGAAAAAAUGAUUUGUCAGAUUGCGAAAUGUAUGCAUCUUGUGAACCUUGCCCGAUGUGCUUUGGCGCUGUGCAUGUAUCCCGGAUCAAGAGGCUGGUGUAUGGAGCAAAGGCAGAAGCUGCUAUCGCCAGUGGGAUCAAUACUCUCGGAGGAACUGGGUUCUACCCGACACCCAACAUGGAGAUAAAGCGCGCAGAUGGCAUUGGAGCCCUUCUUGCUGAACAAGUCUUUGAGAAGACUAAGGGAAAAUUUCGAAUGUAGUACCAAUGUGUAACAUGGUGGGAUUUCCCACAUUGCGAAAACCCCCUGAUGCUCUGAAAGAAUAAUGUAAUUGUCAAGCAUUCUGUCAUUGGGAUGGGUCAACAACUUUCAAUUUAAAUAUACACCACCAUUGAUUUAUCACUAUACUUGAGCUUCGGAGAAACAAGUACAAUUAUGUUAUUGUUCAUGUGCAA